AUGAGAAGCCCCGGCUGCUGCUCGCGGCCCAGGCCGCUGCCGUCGCUGCCGUCGCUGCUGCUGCUGCUGCUGCUGCUGCUGCGGCCACCGCCGCCGGCCAGGUCAGUCUCGGCGCCGGCGCCCGUCGGGGCCGCGCCCUCGGCGUCCCCGGGAGCCCCCGGCUGCCCCGAGGCCUGCGCGUGCGCGCCGGCCGGGCGGGCUAACUGCUCGGGCCGGGCGCUGCCCGCGGUGCCGGGCGACCUGGGCGGGCGCCUGCUGGAGCUGCUGCUGGACCGCAACGACGUGCGCGCGCUGCCGCCGGGCGCCUUCGCGGGCGCGCGCGCGCUCCGGCGCCUGGACCUGCGCGGGAACGGGCUCCGCGCCGUGCACGCGCGCGCCUUCUGGGGCCUGGGCGCGCUGCAGCGGCUGGACCUGAGCGCCAACCGGCUGGAAGCGCUGGCGCCGGGCACCUUCGCGCCGCUGCGCGCGCUGCGCGCCCUCUCCCUGGCGGACAACCGGCUGGCGCGGCUGGAGCCCGCGGCGCUGGGCCCGCUGCCGCUGCUGCGCGACCUCAGCCUGCGGGACAACGCGCUGGCGGCGCUCGCGCCCGGGCUGCUGGCCGGGCUGCCCGCGCUCCGCGCCCUGCGGCUGCGCGGCAACCCCUGGGCCUGCGGCUGCGCGCUGCGCCCGCUCUGCGCCUGGCUGCGCGGACACCCGCGCCCCGCGGCAGAGGCCGAGACCCUGCUCUGCGCGGCGCCCGGGCACCGGGCCCUCCGCCCCCUGGCCGCCUUUCCCGACGCCGCGUUCCGGCACUGCGCGCGCCCGCUGGCCGCGUGGGACCUGGCGGUGGUCUACGCGCUCGGCCCGGCCUCCUUCCUCGCCAGCCUGGCCACCUGCCUGGCGCUGGGCUCCGCGCUCACCGCCUGCCGUGCGCGCCGCCGCCGCCGCCGCGCCGCCCGCAGCGCCCCCCGGAGGCCGCCCGACCCCGGCCCCGACGGCCCCGACGGCCCGCCCGCCGCCCGCAGCGCCCCCCGGAGGCCGCCCGACCCCGGCCCCGACGGCCCCGACGGCCCCGACGGCCCGCCCGCCGCCCGCAGCGCCCCCCGGAGGCCGCCCGACCCCGACCCCGACGGCCCCGACGGCCCGCCCGCCGCCCGCAGCGCCCCCCGGAGGCCGCCCGACCCCGGCCCCGACGGCCCCGACGGCCCGCCCGCCGCCCGCAGCGCCCCCCGGAGGCCGCCCGACCCCGGCCCCGACGGCCCCGACGGCCCGGCCGCCGCCCGCAGCGCCCCCCGGAGGCCGCCCGACCCCGGCCCCGACGGCCCCGACGGCCCGGCCGCCGCCCGCAGCGCCCCCCGGAGGCCGCCCGACCCCGACCCCGACGGCCCCGACGGCCCGGCGGACCUCGCCGCCGCAGGCCCCCAAGCCUGA